AUGCACCAUCGAAAUGUGCCAUCCCAAAUCAUCGCUUUUGACCUUCUUCAUCGCAUGUCACAUCCCAAAGCCAUCUUUAACCAGAAAAAUCCCAAAGCCAUCUGGCUGCCUUGUUUGCAAGAUUUACAACAUGGUUCUUCAUGGUUAGUUUGGAGUCAAAUUUCACCCCAAGGAUAUCAACUUCUCCAGGUGCCAACACCCUCCCAUUCAUCCUUACUACUGCACCAGCAUUACCAUCAUUGUGCCUCUCUCUCUCUCUCUCUCUCUCUCUCUCUCUCUCUCUCUCUCUCUCUCUCUCUCUCUCUCUCUCUCUCUCUCUCUCUCUCUCUCUCUCUCUCUCUUUCUCUCUCUCUCAGAAUAAAGAUCAAAAUACUAAGUCCCUGUCUUCCCCUGCAGUCAGACGUGUGUCAUGCCUACCAGAUCCUGCACCAGCACGGUGUUCCUGACGACCACAUCAUCGUUAUGAUGUACGACGACAUCGCCAACAACAAGCAAAACCCGACCCCUGGUGUGAUCAUCAACCGUCCAGAAGGACCCAACGUCUACGACGGCGUCCCCAAGGACUACACUGGCAGGGACGUCACUCCAGAGAACUUCCUGAAGGUACUUAGCGGUGACGCUAAGGGCUUGAGGGGUGUGGGCUCUGGUAAAGUGCUGAAGAGUGGUCCUAACGACCGUGUCUUCAUCAACAUGGUGAACCACGGCGCCCCUGGCAUCUUCUCCUUCCCUUACGACUACCUCACUGCCACUAAUCUCGUCGACUCUCUCCUGAAAAUGUACCAAGACAACAGGUUCAACAAGAUGGUCGUGUAUGUGGAGUCGUGUAAUUCUGGCUCACUAUUUGAGAAUCUCCUUCCUGAAGAUAUAGAAG